CUUGCAGUGCACAUCUUGUAGAAUUUCAUAAUAUAUAUUGAGUGAUAUUUAGAUGAUGGUGAAGAAUAUUUUGGCGAUGUCGUUUCAUGGAUUGGUGUGGGCGGUGGCGAUCGGUUUCGCGUUUUGGGCAAGCGGCGCGAAAGCUGGGGCGGCUCGUUACGAUACCGCGACGCCGUAUACGCCGCCCUACUCGAAAUACAAAUACAUACCACUCCACAAUGACAACGAAGAAUUCCCAAUGGUGGCCAACGAGGAUGAAUCCCCCAGCUCCCGAAUGCCUGCAUCUGAACUAAUACUGACGGCUUUGAGAACAGCCUUAGACGUCGUAAGAAAUAUUAACAAAAAUAAAAUAAACAGCGGCCCAACCAACAAGAACGCGACAUCUGUCAAGUUACGGCGGAGGAAAGUAGGCAAUAGUACGGAGGUCAGUGGGCGAGGGUUUGAGGAGUACUAUGAUGAACAUGGUCACGACCAUGACCACGAUAUGGAGACUACUACCACAGCCAAGCCCAUGAAGCAGGGGAGAUACACCGACCCCUGGGCAGGCUAUUAUGACUGGAUCAUCAACGAGGGAUCUUUCAAGUUCUGGAGUGUCUUUCAGCUGUUUACCGCUGCUCUACUUUUGUACGCAUGUUUCUCGGCCAUUUAUUACGCGAAAUUCAACCCUAUCUUGCCGGACUAUAGCUUAGAAUACGACGACUAUUUCUUGGAAAGAACAGUAGGAAGAAAAGCAAGGAGCUUAGACGCUUCAGAUCUACCAUCUGGUUUGAACUGGAUUAACCCAACGAUGUUCCAAUUUAUUUUAGAUGCAAUAUCAAAACAUUAUGAAACCCAAGAUUAAAUGUAAAAUGCAAACCAUAGUCAUAGAUUAAGUUAUAUAUAAGAAUUUUUAGUACAGGGAAACGAUAUUAUAGUUUAGUACAUAUUUAAAAUAAUUGUUUCCUUGUAUUUAAAGACUGACAAUUGAAAUUUGUCAUUUAUAAGUAUAAGAUAGAGAACAUGAUAAUAUCUUCUUUCGAAUUGUUCUGAAUUAUAUAAACUCUUUGUAACGAAAUUAAAAGGACUGAAACUAUCUCAUAGGCAUUAACGGUAAUAAGUACUAGAUUGGCUUACGGCCGUUCCCAAUAUACUAUCUACCGAAAGAGAUAUAUUAGCUGUCCCAAUCUACCCGAUAAGUCAUUCUUAUCGCCUUAUAUUGGCACACGUGAAUUGCAAUUACCGUACAAACUUCUAUCGCUGGUAAGCUAUACGUCGUCCCAUUGGCAGACAGCGUGUAUAAGGUGAGUUACCGUCGAUAUGUUUAUUGGGACAGAAAAGUCAACGAAAGUUACGAUUUUUAUCUCAAGUAAAAGAUAGGCUGAAUAUUGGGAACGGCCGUAAGUCAUAAACGUCUUCUAAAAUUCAAUAUACAUUUAUUGAAAGUAAUGCGGUUAUUGUAAACAAUACUUUCCCUAGAAAUUUGGGCACUUCGUUUACAUUGAUAGUAAAUAUGUUUUGCUAAAUUUGUAAUAAUUUCGACGUUAAACGUUAUAAAGAAUUAUGUAUAAUCGACUUUAUAUUACAGUGUAAAUUGUUAAACGUUUGUCUAUUUCAGAGUAUUGUUUUAUUUGAUUUGUAUGUAAAUGAUUCUUUCAAAUUGUAGAAAUGAAACAUGCUCAAUUGUAAUAAUAAAAUUCUUAAACAUUUCAA